AUGUCAGAAGAACAGGUUUUCAGAGAAAAUACGGAGAAAUUCGCACAAUGGGUGCAAGAUCACUUCAGCAGGGUGUCGACCAAGUUCAAGAUCGAUGAUCUCAGAGAACAAGGCCAGGGCCGUGGGUUGAUUGCAACAGAGGACAUAGCCAAGAACGAACGGUUGUUCGAGCUUUCGAGAGACUGCAUCUUGAACGUGACGACAGCGGCGAUGUCGAAGCUGCGUGCGGGAAACAGAAACGUGCUGGAGUCGCUCAACCAGUGGCAGGCACUGAUCAUCUGCGUUGCUUACGAGUGGCUAAUGGGGGACAAGUCGAGGUUUGCGCACUACUUCAGAGUGCUUCCGCUGCAAAGCUCGGACUACAACAGCCUGAUGUUUUGGAGCGAGGAGGAGCUCGAGACCCUGAAGCCGUCGGGGGUUCUGAGCAGAAUAGGCAGAGAGGCAGCGGAGGAAAUGCAUGCCCUUCUUGUGGCGGAUAUCAUUCCAAACCGUCUCCAGUGCCCGGAGCUGGCGGAAUUCCUCACGCAGGAGCGGUUCCACGUGGUGGCAAGUCUGAUCAUGAGCUAUUCGUUUGACGUGGACCAUUUUGCUGAAAAGGUGGACACUGAAGAGAGUGACGACUGCGACGACUCCGACGACGAUGACGACGAUGACGAUGAAGGUGACGAUGGUGGUAAGGAGGAGGAGGAGGAGGAACUCGACCAGGAGGACGUGGACCAAGCCUUGGAAGAGCUGGAUGACGCCGACGCGGCAGAAGACAGGCUUUCUCGGGAUAGCUACCUCAAGUCGAUGGUCCCGCUUGCAGACACACUCAACUCCAACACUUCUUUGGUCAACGCAACCUUGAAGUACGAAAAGUCAAAGUUGGUGAUGAUUGCCGAGAAGAAGAUCAAGAAGGGCGAGCAGAUCUUCAACAUUUACGGCGAACUGCCAAACACUGAGAUUCUACGGAAGUACGGCUAUGUCGAGUUACCAUCAUCCAAGUUUGACUUUGCAGAAAUCUUGCAACCUUCAAUCAGAAAGUAUUUCCAGGAUGCCUUUUCCGCUAGGUUCUCGUUUAUAAAAGAGUCACAGGCGGAAAGUCUAAUUGAUGUCAUUUUCGAGACGAUACAAGAUUCAGACUACCUCGCAGAAUCUUUGACCGAGGACAUGGAGGACGGCGUGGUCGCUGACCGGUAUGAAGUCUACGCCAACGGCGAGGUAUUGACAGAAAUGCUGCUUUUAUUGUUGAUAAUAUCCUCGAUCUUAGUUUCCGGCGGGUCUGAUGAAAAAUGGUUCAAGAAGCUCGUGAGAGGUGUUGAGAGGAAGCCAUCAUCAGACCUUCUGUCCUUCAUUAACAGAACUAUCCUGAAAUCUCAUCAGCUCCUAGAGGAAAACUCUUCACUCACUAGCAGUUCAUUUCAGAACCUCAAGGAACUAGUCAAGUUGAGAAUUGCUGAGUAUCCACCUCAUAUCACAGAUGGAACUUACAAGCUACCUGAGUCGUACAGCCAUCUCAGCAGAAAAAACUUCUCCGAUAUCGCCUUGUUUGGGGAGGUCAAAUGUUUGAGAGAUAUGGUCGACGGCAAGUUCCCCCCUUUGAAAAAAAACAAGACGCCUAAAUUUAACAUUAUUGAUGACAAAAAAUUCCUCAAGAACCUACUCAAGAGGAAACUCGAAGAUCAAGAAAGCAAACUGGCUAAAAAACAGAAAAAGCACUAG